AUGCCACCAACACCUGCUGGACCAAGACACCCUUUGGCUGCUCCGUCACAAUUAAGGACAUAUUCAUCCAAGGCAGGGGGAUGCCAAGAGAUAUUUGCUAUAACUUGCUUCCUUGGUGGAUGGUCUGGGCUAGGAACUGAUGAAAUUACAGAUUUGGUGCAUUUCCCGGCAUUUAGUGGAGCCACCGCGAGCAUUGGAGUUGAAACGUAUUUAUAUGAUCGUGUUUCGAAGCCUAAGACCGUAAUUGAUGAUUCAAUCCGGAGUUCUAGAUCAGGUUACAUUCCGUUUGACCCUGAGAUUGAACGUUCCUUUCAUAGACAGAAGAACCUUUUUAGACAGGUACGAGCUACUUCUGAGGGUACUAUACCUUUGGAACCACCAUCUGAUUUUAGUGAUACAGAAGUUUAUUCAGAACUAGAAGCAGAGAUGACGCACCAACCACCUCGCAAGCUCGAGAGAACAGCUCUACUACGGAGUUCAAUCACAAAUUUUUCCCAAGAGGUUGAUGAAAGUUUAUAUGAGGCUUGGGAAAGAUUCAAGGAUCUGCAGAGAGAGUUCCCACACCAUGGGAUGCAACAAUGGCAGCUUAUUCAAGCCUUCUACAACGGGUUUGGAAAUUCUUCCAGAUCAAUCCUUGAUUCGGCAGCUAAUGGGAGAUUUAUGAAUCUGAAUGAAGAUAUAGCAGGAACGGUUAUUGAAGAGAUGGAAAUACACAAAUCCCAAUAUGGGAAUCCUAGAGGUUUUUCCAAUAAGGGGAAGCAUAGUGUUGAUUCAGUAUCCUUUAUUCAGGCUCAAUUAACCUCUAUUUGUCAGAAACUUGAUAAUCUUAGUACUAUUAUUCCUGCUCCCGUAGCUAAUGUUUCUGCUGAAUCAUCCAUAUCUUUCCUACCGAUGUACAAAUGUCCAAAACCCUCUACCUCCACAACAACCACAACCCAACCCCAACCAUCACAGCAACCACAACAAAAAUACUACCAACCACCUAACCAAAGAGCCUCACCUCAAACACCUCCUCCAUCUUCUGAUCCUACAUUAUCAGAAAUUAAAACCAUGUUGGCUAGUACGCAAAAGCACAUGCAGAGUAGAGAUGCACAAAUUGAUUCCUUAGUAGCCCAUAAUAAAAUCAUUGACAAUCAAAUUGCGCAACUUUCUGCUACUCUACAAAAUCGCCAACAAGGAACCCUGCCAUCACAGCCAGUACAACCCACAGAUCAUGCUAAUGCAAUUACUCUGAGGAGUGGUGCACAUUAUGAUGGGCCUCCUAUGCCCCCUGAUGAUGAAAUUGUCAUAUCUAAUAAUGUUAGCUCUGAUUCUGCAGGGUUAAAUAACUUUGUUACUAGCCCUGCAGAGUUGCAGAGUAAAUCUAGUACUUCAACUGAUAAUACCUUGCAGGGAAAAACUAACUCUUCUCUUGAUAAUGCAAUGCAGGGUAAUACUAAACCCAAAGCUGGAGAUGAAGGGAAACCUGUUAUCAAACUACCAUCCCCCAACAGACAUUUAAAGAUAAAGUUGGACAAGCCAUUUGGUAAGUUUUUGGAGGUAGUGAAAAAUUUGCAGGUAACUGUCCCUUUCACAGAAUUAAUUACACAAGUUCCUGCAUAUGCUAAAUUUAUGAAAGAUAUUUUGACUAGGAAAAGGGCUUUUAAUGAGGUAGAGACUUUAGCUUUCACAGAAGAAUGUAGUUCUUUACUACAAAAUAAAUCUCCACCAAAAUUAAAGGACCCUGGAAGUUUUUCUAUACCUUGUCAUAUUGGUAAUGUAUUCAUAGAUAAAGCUUUAUGUGAUUUGGGUGCCAGUGUUAGUGUCAUGCCAUCGUCUAUUUGUGCAAAACUUAAUAUGGGUGAUUUGAAAGUGACUAACAUUACCCUACAAAUGGCAGAUCGUUCUGUUAAAUAUCCCUUAGGUAUUUUAGAGGAUGUUCCUGUUAGAGUGGGAAAAUUUUAUAUCCCUAUUGAUUUUGUAGUUUUGGACAUGGCUGAGGAUACGCAAAUUCCUAUAAUUUUAGGGAGACCUUUUCUCCACACUGCUGGAGCCAUUAUUGAUGUGAAAAAAUGGAAAACUAGCCCUUUUUGUAGGAGAUGA